CAAAUAGCAUCAAUCAAGAUAAAGUGAACAGUGGCAAAAAAAAAUGUGGACAGAAUAUUGUGCAAAGAAGAACUAGAGAUAUUAUUAUUACAUUAACUCAACAAUGAGAAUCAAAAGAUCAGUUUGAAAUUCAUAAGGAAAUCUAUAAAUAAUAAAAAAAAAAAAAUUCUGAAAAUUACCCUUAAAAAGUUUUUUUCUGAAAAAGAUGUAACUUGAUUAAGGUUGAGAGUAACAUAUUCUAACAAACAGUAAACGUUAAAUUUAAAACAAAAUUACGUUAAAUCUAAGGUUGUGAUGUAUCCCCUCCUUUAGGAUUUCAUAAUAUUUAGAAAUAAAGAAAUAUUAAACAUUAUUCUGUAAUCUGUUUUGCAGUUUUAUAGAUACAAUAAAUGUUUAAUACAGUUUAAUUAUGUUAAAUUGAAUUUGUGAAUUUAUGAACAUUUGAAUUAUGUUUAAUUCAAAAAAUGUAAAAUAUAAAAAGCAGUAAACAUUUGUACUCACAACAUAUUUUAAGAAGUAAAUAUGUAUUUAUGUAUAACAAGUUUGCAGAUAUGUUCGUGGUGGUCUCAUCAGCAUACAGAGAGGUGCAACACCUUACAGGCUGGUGUCAUUGCAGUACAGGAUACUACACCUGUACAGGUCAUAACAGCAAUACAGGACACUACAGCAGUACAGGAUACUACACCUGUACAGGUCAUAACAGCAAUACAGGACACUACAGCAGUACAGGAUACUACACCUGUACAGGUCAUAACAGCAAUACAGGACACUACAGCAGUACAGGAUACUACAGGUGUACAGGACUUCAUAGCAAUACAGGACACUACAGGUGUACAGGAUACUACAGGUGUAUGGGACAUCUCAGCACUACAGGACACUACAGGUGUAUGGGACAUCUCAGCACUACAGGAUACUACAGGUGUAUGGGACAUCUCAGCACUACAGGACACUACAGGUGUAUGGGACAUCUCAGCACUACAGGAUACUACAGGUGUAUGGGACAUCUCAGCACUACAGGAUACUACAGGUGUAUGGGACAUCUCAGCACUACAGGAUACUACAGGUGUAUGGGACAUCUCAGCACUACAGGAUACUACAGGUGUAUGGGACAUCUCAGCACUACAGGACACUACAGGUCUGUGGGACUUCACAGCAAUACAGGACACUACAGGUGUAUGGGACAUCUCAGCACUACAGGAUACUACAGGUGUAUGGGACAUCUCAGCACUACAGGACACUACAGGUCUGUGGGACUUCACAGCAAUACAGGACACUACAAGAACUGGGCUAAACUACAGAUGAACACCGAUUGAACAGAAUAGUGAUAUUUUGUGUGUUUUGUGUGUUGUGUGUUUCGGUGUAUUGUGCGCAUCUUUUAAGACAGAGGGCCCAUCCACCGGGCCUCACAGAAAGAAUCACAACUUUUUACGUUUAUUUUAUUACCAUUUUAUUGACUUUCGCGGUCUGCACGGCUGUUUUCUUUAAAUAUUAAAAAAAAACAUUUAUGCCUGAGCAUUUCCUGCACUUUCAUUCGUAGUAUUCUUUUUUCUGUGCAUCAAUAAAUGAAGUUUGCAAUGAUUCUUCAUUAUGGUGUGUUGUGUUACAUUUUUAUUAUAUAUGUAAUCAUUUAAUUAAUAAUUAAAUCAUAUAAUGGGUAUAAUAGUAAUACAGUAUUAUUAUAUGAUAUGCAUUUUAUCGUAUUUAGUAAUAGCCCCCCACCCCCCACACCGUAGGAAAAUUGUCGCAUU